AUGUGCCUGGAGGAGCCGGAGGACGCGGAAAGGCUUGGUUUUGGUGACGCAGGGGUCGAGGAGCCCGCUGAGUUUCCCUUGGCUCAGAUGGAGAGAGUUUGCGAAAACACAACUUCUGCUGAUUUCAGGCAGAAGUUAAGCAAUUUUGUUCCAGUAAUCCGAUCGGGGGAUUGGUCUGAUAUUGGAGGUCGCCAAUACAUGGAAGAUACCCAUGUGUGCAUUCCAGACCUUGCUAAGAACUUUGGCUUCCCAUCGUUAGAUAAUGAAGUUGUUUCCUUCUAUGGGGUCUUUGAUGGUCACGGUGGAAAAGAUGCUGCCCAUUUUGUUCGUGAUAAUUUACCAAGGGUGAUUGUGGAAGAUUCAGAUUUCCCUCUUCAGCUUGAAAAGGUUGUGAGGAGGUCCUUUAUGCAGAUUGAUUGCCAGUUUGCUGAGACAUGCUCUCUCCAUAGAGCAACAUCCUCCGGCACAACUGCACUUACAGCAAUGAUUUUUGGAAGGUCUCUUCUGGUCGCUAAUGCUGGUGAUUGCAGGGCAGUUCUUUCCCGGUAUGGCACUGCAAUUGAAAUGUCCAUGGACCACAGGCCUUGUAGCCUCAGUGAAAAAUUGCGCAUAGAAUCGCUUGGUGGCUAUGUGGAUGAUGGCUAUCUGAAUGGUCUGCUAGGAGUCACUAGAGCGCUUGGUGACUGGCAUCUUGAGGGUAUGAAAGAAGUUGGCGAGCCAGGAGGUCCCCUGAGUGCUGACCCAGAGCUCAAGAUGAUCACACUAACAAAGGACGAUGAGUUCUUGAUAAUUGGCAGUGACGGAAUCUGGGAUGUCUUCUCAAAUCAAAACUCCGUGGACUUUGCACGGAAGCGCCUCCAAGAGCACAACGAUGUGAAAUUAUGCUGCAAGGAAAUCGUUGAGGAGGCAAUAAGGCGAGGGGCCACUGACAACUUAACUGCAGUGUUGGUCUCGUUCCACCCAGAGGCCCCUCCUCAGGUCAAAGUGGACCGUCCCGGUAGGGUGGCACGGAGCAUAUCAGCUGAAGGGCUCAAUAGCCUCAGGAUACUCCUGGGAAGGCAGUAA